CUGGAGUCUGGCCAAGGGUUAAGGCUGGGGCUGGUGCUCCUCUUGUCCUUGGGCUGUCAGCGCCGGACAGGACACGCACAGGACGCGCCAUGAGGGGCUUGUUGGUAUCCCACUGCCGGACCCUGAUCCGACCCUUCAGCUCCAGCACCAGAAACAACUUUGUGAAUAAAGUAGCUGAAAAACAAAAACUCUUCCAGGAAAACAAUGACCUCCCAGUUCACCUGAAGGGUGGAGGCACCGACAACCUCCUGUACAAAAUAACGAUGGCCCUCAGCUUGGGAGGUGCCAGUUAUAGCCUCUACUGCCUUGGCUGGGCCUCUUUCCCCCACAAUAAGUGAUACUGAACGCCAGGACCAGACAGAAGAGGAAAGGCUUGGCAGGGCCUGGGCCUGGGGUUCAGGUUAGGGAUGGGCAGAAAUAAAUUCCCUACCUGGAGAAAGCCAAUCCA